AUGGCGGAAGCACAGACCUCGGCUACUGAAGAGUCUCCCAAGUCGGACCUCCAGAAUCAAAUCGCCCCUAUGGAGGCGGAUCCGUCGCCGGAGGUGUCGAGGAAACGACAAAGCCUGUCGGAUCUGUUCACCAUUUUCGCCAGUGGCUUCGCCCUCAUUAGUGAUGGAUACCAGAACAACCUGAUGACCAUGACCAAUGUCCUCCUCGCGCAAGAGUAUCCCACACAAUAUACCUCGUCGGUCAGCACGCGCGUGUCGAAUGCGUUGCUCGUGGGCGAAGUGAUCGGGCAGAUUAUCGUUGGACUGACAUGCGACUACCUCGGCCGCAAAACCGCCAUCGUCUUCACAACCCUCAUGAUCGUCUUGGGAGGCAUUCUCGCGACAGCCGCGCAUGGCGUCACGAUCGAUGGCAUGUUCUGGAUGAUGACUGUUUCGCGAGGCAUAGUUGGAUUCGGUACUGGCGGCGAGUAUCCCGCAUCCUCCACCUCCGCCUCCGAGGCAGCCAACGAUCUCACCCCGAAACAGCGCGGUCCGGCCUUCAUCCUGGUGACUAACCUGCCGCUAUCAUUUGGCGGGCCAUUUGCCGUGUCGAUUUUCCUGAUCGUGCUCUCCGCAUGUCAACAAUCGCACUAUAGCACCGUGUGGCGCGUUUGCUUCGGCAUCGGGUGCAUCUGGCCCCUCUCUAUUUUCUACUUCCGCAUUCGCAUGCUCAAUUCGACGCUGUACCGCCGCGGAGCUAUCAAGAGUCAUGUGCCCUAUGGACUGGUUAUUCGAUAUUACUGGAAGACACUGCUUGGGACGUGCGGUGCCUGGUUCUUAUAUGACUUCGUCACCUUCCCUAACGGCGUCUUCUCAGGCGUGAUCAUCUCUUCCGUAGUCGGGGACGGCACCGUCCGCCAGACCGGCGAAUGGCAACUCCUGCUCGGCGCAAUCGCAUUGCCGGGUGUAUUCCUCGGCGCGCUGCUGUGCGACCGCGUCGGCCGGAAGAAAAUCAUGAUGAUGGGUUUUUGUGGCUACCUCAUCUUCGGACUGAUCAUUGGAUGCGCCUACGACAAAGUCACGAAGAUCGUGCCGCUGUUCAUCGUCUUCUACGGGCUGAUGCAGAGCUCCGGCAACUUUGGACCGGGGAAUAUGCUCGGCCUGCUGUCGUCGGAGUCGUAUGCUACCGGUGUUCGGGGCACUUGCUACGGCAUCUCUGCGGCUGUUGGGAAGGCGGGCGCGGCUAUCGGCACGCAGGCGUUUGAGCCUAUUGAGAAUCGGCUGGGCAAGAAUUGGACGUUUAUUAUUGCGGCUAUCUGUGGUGUUGUUGGCGUGACGGUUACUUAUUUCUUUGUGCCGGACCUGACGGGGGAGGACCUGCGGGUGCGCGAUGAGCAGUUCCGCGCGUAUUUGGUGUCGAAAGGUUGGGAUGGGGCGAUGGGUGAGGAGGAUCUGCGCGCUGGGGCGGAUGAAGGGAUUCCAGCGGCGGUGGUGGACGAAGUUGAGACUGCGAAAGGGUGUUAA